CGGAGUUUAACUCGUCCUGCAGGCUGUUGUUUGAUCAUUUGCUUGCAUAAUUGUAUUCUGCUGGACGCACUGAAAACCUCUGUAUAACAGAGAGGAUGUCGAGCAAUGCAGUGUGCAGUCAUUGUGGCUGUACGGACAUAGACAAGGACCCAGCCAGAGGAGAUGCUGUCUGUACUAACUGUGGGUCUGUGUUGGAGGACCAGAUUAUUGUGUCAGAGGUCCAGUUUGAGGAACAUGCCAGUGGAGGAUCCUCUGUCAUUGGACAGUUUGUGUCCAGUGAUGGGAUGAAGGCCCACUCUUUAGGCAUAAGCUUUCCAAGGGGAAUGAAGAGAGAAUCUCGUACAGUCACUUUUGAAAAUGGAAGAAGAAGAAUCCAGCAGCUUGGUGCUCAGUUAAAGCUGAAUCAACAUUGUAUAGACACUGCCUUCAACUUCUACAAGAUGGCGGUGGUCAAGCAGCUGACCCGUGGCCGUAAAACUGCCCAUGUGACUGCAGCGUGUCUGUACCUAGUCUGUCGUACCGAGGGCACACCUCAUAUGCUGCUUGAUUUCAGCGACGUACUUCAGAUAAAUGUAUAUAGUCUCGGUAAAACCUACCUGCAGCUAUCUCGUGAACUUUGCCUCAACAUUCCAGCCAUAGAUCCUUGCCUGUACAUACAGAGAUUUGCACACAAAUUAGAGUUUGAGGAUAAGACCCACGAUGUCUCUAUGAUAGCUCUACGACUUGUCCAGCGGAUGAAAAGAGACUGGAUGCAUACAGGUCGCCGACCUUCGGGACUUUGUGGUGCAGCUUUACUAGUGGCAGCAAGAAUGUCCAACUUUAACAGAAGUGUCAAAGAUAUCAUUAAGGUUGUGAAAGUGUGUGACACAACAAUCAGGAAAAGACUUGCCGAGUUCCAAGACACCCCCUCUAGUCAGUUAACUAUUGAAGAGUUCCAGAACAUCGACCUGGAAGCUGAACAUGAUCCCCCAUCCUUCACAGAAGGCAAGAAGCGAGCACAACAAGCUAAACUCAAUGCACAGCUGGAAGAAAAGAACAAGUUGAAUGAACUGACAUUUGAAGUAUCCGAAAUUCAGGAAGAGAUUGAAAAGUCCUUACAACCACCAAAACCAAGGGGAAUCUGGGCAGCUUAUGCAAAGCCAAGCACUCCAUCUCCAUCCACAUCGGGGACUGAUGAAAUAGCCAAAGUGCAAAAAUUUUUAGAGAAAGAAACUUUAGCAGGAUGUGUAGAUGAACAAUCUUUGUCUUAUGUUGGGGAAUCUAGUACCAAGAAUCCUGAGAUUGAUGCAGCUGCCUCAAGCUCAUCAUCAGCAUCUUGUACCACUGGACCCACAGGCAAAGAUUUGGGUAUAACUGAAGUUGAAGUUGUCAAGGAUUGUUUAAUCGAUGAUGACACACCAGCUGAUGCAUGUGAUGGUACAACAGGAGAAUUGGACCUUGCAGGAAUAGAUGAGGAUGAGUUAGACAAGAUGCUGCUGAGUGAGGAUGAAAUAAAGAUUAAAACUGACAUUUGGAUGAAAGAAAAUGGUGAAUUCCUGCAAGCUCAGAAAGAAAAACAAGAGAGAAUUGCUAGGGAAAGAGAACUUGAAGAACAAAAUCCUGACAAGAAAAAGAAAAAGAAAUACCAAAAGAGAAAACCAAUCCAUACAACACCAGCUGCAUCAGGUGAAGAGGCCAUUGUCCGACUCAUACAGGAGAAAAAGAUCUCAACCAAGAUUAAUUACGAUGUCCUAAAUGAUCUCAAAGUACAAGGCUCCCGUACUCCAAAGACAAAUGCUAUCCUCAAGUUUAAUCCUUUUGACAGUGGCAACAGUAUACCUCCAGCCUUAAAUAGAUUAAGGAAACCUAGUUUAUCAUCAGGUUCCAACGAAGACAAGGAGCCUUCAGCUAAGAAAGUUAAGUUAGAAAUUACGACGGCGGGAACCUCAGAUGUGGUUAUUGAGAGUGGACCAGUACAAUACACGGAUCUUAAGGAGGAAGAGCUUGCAGAAGAAGAAGAAGAUUAUGAAGAGGAAGAAGAAGAAGAAGAACACCUCGUAAGUGCUGGACAGUUGCUUGGCCGUGGAAUAGAUACAGGUUACGACCAUGAUGAACAUGAAAUGUACGAUGGCGACUAAUCCCUGCCGAAGUUAUCACUAUCACCAAGUUAACACCAAACACAUGGAGUGCAAUAGUUAUUUAUUUAUAUACAUGGGCACAAUUUUCUUACAAAGAGCAAGCUUCUUUUCACAACUCCUCAGCUAAGCUGGAGUGUCUUGAGUUUUGGUGGUCCUUGAUUUAUAGGGGCCCAAAUACAGAGCACUUGCGGAAAAGGAGAGACUGUUUUAUAAUGAAUAUACCCCAUGUUAGGUUACUGUGAAGUUUCUUCUUUCUACUGUGAUCAGUUCUUAUUUAAUACUUCAUGGAGGAACCAAUGGGAAGUUCAAUUCGAGAGUGUCAUCUCCUCAUGAAAGUGUUUUCUCCAGACAUGGGAUUUCAUACUCUUCUAUCAGUUGUAUUAGAAGCUUACUGGUAUGUGAAAUUAAAGGAAAGGUCUUUUCCAGGAAGAACAAACUCUGUAGAGUUUAAUCGCACAUGUUUACUAUUGCGAUUAUACACUGUCAAAGAAAAAAUGACAAAGUUGUUUAUUUUAUGGAUUGUAUUUAUUGACAUUAGAUCAUAUUGAUGUGUUUGUAUAUAUUGAGAAAUAAGCGAGUUGCAAGUCCUGUAUAAUGAAUUAUUUUAUUAAAAUUUUAAGAUAUUGUGCAGUUUUGUUAUCUGAGCCAAAGUCUUAGAAAUGUGUUUAUGUGCAUGUGUUUGUUUUAUUGAUAGCAUAAAUAAGAAGAUAUUAAAUCACUAUUAUUGUUUUAUUGAUGUUUUAUAUGUUUAACCAAGAAAACGUUUUUGCACUAAGCAUGAACUUUAAGUCACAUGAGAUUAUACACCUCUCACAAACAUUACCUCAGAGUAUUACAAUUUUAGAUAUUUGGGACCAAUAGUCUAAAGCUUGUAUCAAAUGUACCAUGCACAGGACACUUUAUUGUUUAUUAUUUGAGUAUUAGAUGCCCUCUGACUGGUAGAUAGUGUGGUGUUAUCAGUAUUGAUUUUAAUAUUAAACUUAAAAUUUUAAUAGAGGUUAUCAUAUGUAGGUAUGUGGGAUAUGGAUAUUCUACCUGAGGGUGUAGAAUUGGGGUCAGAACCAAGGCUUUGUCCGACAUACCUACAUAAUGAUCAACCCUUUUUUCUCUUAUUUCUUAACCAAUUGAUUUGUAAAACAGGACAUACAUGUAGACAAUGUAAAUGCAACACUUGAUAUAGCAAAAGUUCUAGACAAUGUAAAUGCAACACUUGAUAUAGCAAAAGUUCUAGACAAUGUAAACACAAACCAAGGCCAUAUUUGGAAAGAGCUGAAGUACAGUAAAGCAUAGGUAUACUUCACAGCUUGAAAGAUCCAUGCAAGACCUUCAGGGCAAGCUUGUACAAUUUUUCUGAUGUUCUUGAGGUGGUGUCACAUUCCAAUGGCAAGAUUUUCCACUACAGUCAAUGAAACAACGUUUUUUAAUUGUGACAUCAUAAUACUGUGUCAUACAGGUCACUGAGUGCAUCCAUGUGGGAUUAACAAAAUCUUUCAUCCCCUUUGGGGUGAGUUAGGGGGAUCUCAACCUAAGGGGGGAAGAUUCUUAAGUUGC